AUGGAUCCCGGCACAGGCCUCGCGGUGUUCGAGCUCUCUUUGAAGGUCGCAAAGCUUUGCUGGGAAUACUAUCACAAGGUCAAAAGCGCUAAAAGUGAGAUUGAACGCCUCAAGGGAGAAGUGGAUAGACUCAAGGCUCCUCUUGAAGCUGCAGAGAAGCUUCUCAAACGCCCAAAUGGCCAGAGACUCCAGGCUACACAGUCCUUGUCGAGUGCACUCCAGGGCUGCGAAGCACAACUCAAAGAGCUGGAAACAAAGCUGGAGACCAAGCUAGAAGACACGCUCAAGCAUGGGAAACGACAAAAGGCAAUGAGGCGACUCGGCCUUCGCGCACUUAAGUGGCCACUCGAAAGCAAAGAUGUCGACGCCAUCAUUGCAACCCUCGAGAAGCAUCGAAACGAGCUCUCUCACGCUCUUCAAAUCGACCAGACUACGGAAAUCCUUGACAUUGGCCAAAAGCUCGACCUCUCGAAACUACAUACCGCGAAAGGUGCAUCCUUUGACUCGCACGCCGAAGAGCAUAACACACGAUGCCUUCCCGAAACACGAGUCUCCCUACGCAAGGAUAUAAAGGAGUGGGCAGAGAAUGCACAAGGCGAAUGUAUCUUCUGGCUUAGCGGCAUGGCGGGUACUGGAAAGUCUACAAUUUCACGUACGGUCGCGCAGUCGUUCGCCGACGAGGGAGUCCUUGGCGCUAGCUUCUUUUUCAAAAGGGGCGAGAAAGAUCGCAGCAGUGCAGCCCUGCUGUUCACGACUAUUGCUGCCAGACUUGCCAAUAUCCCUAUUUUGGCAACUCCCAUCAGAAAAGCCAUUGAGACCGACCCCGAACUUCAUCAUAAAGCUCUAAAGGAGCAGUUUGAGCACCUCAUCAUAAGACCUCUGGAGAGUUUCAAGGGUGAUCCUAUCAACCCAAAGAGGAUUGUGCUCGUGAUUGACGCACUUGAUGAAUGCGAGCGAGAUGAAGAUGUCCGAGUCAUCAUCCAGCUACUGUCACAAGCAAAGAUACUAAAUUCUGUAUGGCUGAGGACUUUCGUGACGAGCAGGCCUGAACUUCCAAUCCGGCUUGGCUUCAGCAAAAUCGAGGGACAGUACCAGGAUCUUGUCCUUCACGAGAUACCAAAGCCGGUCAUCGAGCACGACAUUACCGCAUUCCUAGAGUACAAACUCAAAGAGAUUAGGGACGAGUACAAUAGGCGGUCUGCCGGCAAGCGGCAGCUUCCAUCGGACUGGCCAGGUACCGAGGCGAUUCAGACACUGGUUCAGAUGGCCAUUCCACUCUUCAUUUUCGCAGCUACUAUUUGCCGAUUCAUUCAGGAUUCUGCAUACUCGAACCCAGACGGUCAAUUACGCAAGGUCUUGGGAUAUAAGGUAGGGCGGGCCGAGGUGGACAGACUCGAUGCGACCUAUCGUCCAAUCCUGGACCAGCUAGUCUGCAAACGGAACGAGGAAUCCAAGGAGUCCAUAAUCCGUGACUUUCGCACCACUGUAGGCUCAAUUGUACUUCUCGCUGAACCUCUCUCGACAACAUCUCUGGCAAGUCUUCUCGAUAUUGACGAAUCCGAUGUCUGCGGUAGACUCGAGUCUCUCCAUUCCGUCUUAAGCGUGCCAGAUUCCACCGACCUUCCCGUCAGAACGUUCCACCUUUCAUUUCGUGACUUCCUCAUUGAUCCGAGCAAGCGCGGCACCAAUCCAUUCUGGAUAGACGAGAGGGCAGCCCACGAAAAUAUCGCGAACAGAUGUCUAGAGCUGCUGUCCUCGGGUGAUCGCUUAAAAAAGAACAUCUGUAACCUCGACAUUCCAGGAAUCGCCUGUGUGGAAGUAGACCCCGCUGUCGUCAACUCGCAUCUCCCCGCAGCUGUUCGAUACGCAUGCCUCUAUUGGGUCUAUCAUCUGGAGCAGAGUCGUCCAGCAGAGGACAAAGCUUGCAUAACAGAUGAUCACCAAGCAUACAUCUUCCUCAAACGUCACUUCCUACACUGGCUGGAGGCAUUGAGUCUCUUGGGAAAGAUAUCUGAAAGCAUUGCUAUGAUCAGAUGCCUGCAAGAUUUGACCAGCUCUAGAAACAGUUCCGGUGUUACCUCCUUCCUGCGUGACGCAAGCCGAUUUAUCCUCAACUCUCGGUCUAUCAUCGAUCUCUCCCCUCUUCAAGUCUAUUCUUCUGCGAUGAUUUUUGCUCCAGAGAGAAGUGUAGUCAGGAACACCUUCCAGAAAGAUAUCCCAGACUGGAUCUCGGUCCUACCAAAGGUCGAUUUGGAGUGGAGUGCCUGUCGGCAAACGAUCGAGGGCCACAGUAGCUUGGUUCUAGCCGUAGCCUUCUCGCCGGACGGGAAGACGGUGGCAUCGGGUUCGGGCGAUAAGACGGUGCGGCUCUGGGACGCGGCGACGGGCGAAGAGAAGCAGAAGCUCGAGGGCCACAGUCGCUCGGUUGAGGCCGUAGCCUUCUCGCCGGACGGGAAGACGGUGGCAUCGGGUUCGGACGAUAAGACGGUGCGGCUCUGGGACGCGGCGACGGGCGAAGAGAGACAGACGCUUGAAUUCGACCACACUAUUCUUAACCUAUCAUUCCCUACCAAUUACUUACAUCUAAAGACGGAUCGAGAUGUAAUAAACUUUGAUCUAGGCGCUGAAGGGACAUCUUUAUCAUCUAAGAUCUUGGGUCACUCCCUUCUGUUCGGUCAAGACUGGGUGACUUACAAUGGGAGAAGAGUCCUCUGGCUUCCCCGCACUUUCGGCCCGACCGCAUAG